UGCGGUCAAAUAGGAACCUCUUUUACUCAGACAGAGUAUGAAACAUGGAGCUAGUUGAUUUGGUACUGAGGGCAAGUUGCUCGUCACUCCUUCAGUCUUCAGCCCGCCCCGGGAGCAUGACAUCACCAGCACGAAGCAACGCCACAACUUCAAGAAACUGCUGCAAAACACACAGCAGUGUCUCGAAGCUCAAUGCUUUCACGAGGGGACUGACCCUGCUCGUCCCUCUGCGCGCCUUUGUCGCUCUUCUCCGAAAAUGGAAAAUUAGUUCACAAGUGGGGUAUGUUUCCAUGUAAUCUUUGCCUAUCUAAAAUAAAUAUUUUUAGUAAGACUCAGUGCUUUAGGACGCCAGUUCAGCAAGAGCUCCUAUUCUAGAUGUCGCUGAACAGAGCCCGAUGAUGCUUCCCAGCCCAGUAACGUCAACCCCGUUUUCUGUCAAGGACAUACUAAAACUGGAGCAGCAAUCUCACCACCAGCACGGCCAGUCUUUGCAAGCGCCUCUACCGGAUUUACAGCAGCACCAGCAGCGCUUUCACACUCCACCAUCUUGCCUGCUUGGAGGCGCAGAGAGCCCCGGAUUCUCGGACAGUGAGGACAGGAUGGCGUUCCUCAACGCCCUCUCUGUACAAGACAACCUGGUGGAAAGCAGCCUUUCUCCGCCCAUGUUUGGCCAUCCUGCUCUGGGGCACGUCGUAGACGCAAAGUUAGAGGACGACCUCGAAGAGCAGGAAACCAAGAGUUGUGGUGCUGCAGUGAGAUCCCCGGAUUGUGAGCUGCCCUCGGACCCAGACAGAGCGCAGAGGCAGAGAGCCAGGCGGAAGCCGCGGGUGCUUUUCUCCCAGGCACAGGUUUUCGAGCUGGAGCGGCGCUUCAAGCAGCAACGCUAUCUCUCCGCUCCCGAGCGAGAACAUUUGGCAAACACUCUGAAACUCACGUCCACCCAAGUCAAAAUCUGGUUUCAAAAUCGAAGAUACAAAUGCAAGCGCCAGCGUCAAGACAAAAGCUUGGAGAUGGCUGGUCAUCAUCAUCACCAUCCGCCGCCGCCGAGACGCGUUGCGGUGCCGGUUCUAGUCCGGGACGGCAAACCUUGUCUUUCUGGAUCACAGAAUUAUAACGCUACUUACGCCGUGGGGUCCAACCCGUACGGGUAUAAUGGUUAUUCAAGCUAUAAUAAUGCCGCAUAUUCAAACGCCUACAAUUGCUCAUAUCCGAGUCUGCCAGCACUCCCAGCAAACACAGGCGCAAACCCAUUAAUGUCCAUGAGUCUGAAUAAUCUCGGAGCACACUCCCAGCCACAGUCAUCACAAGGGACUUCCGUUUCAUCGUGCCAAGGACCUUUGCAGGGCAUCCGGGCGUGGUAGAAUAGUGCCACCACAACCACAUGUCUUCUGUACAGGCUUGAAUAAGAAGCUUCACGCCAAUAGCAAUUCAUUAUCUAUACUGUAUUCUGACUAUAGCAGCACGCUACAGAUCAGCCGGGACACAUUACAUUUGCGAAUGUAUAAAAUAUGUAAUGACCCCCAAACGUGUUAAUUGCAUGUAAAAUAAUUUGUUUUGUUUUUUUUGUUGUUGUUGCUUAAAAUAUUUUCAUUAAUAUGAAGUAUUAGUUUUUCAAUUGGUUGGCAUCUCAUGGUAUUGCAGCAUUUCUAUGCCUUGCGUUGGACCAAAUGUUAAAUAAAAGUUUGGACGCUGGGAGCUGCACGCAUAUAAAACAGAAAAUUUUAUCAAUCAUUUCUGUUGCUAAAUAACUACAAUUUGUAGCAUAGACUGUAUUAAAUCAUACUUAUCUAGAACGAGUUUACGAUCAGAGUUACACAUUUUUAUGACCAUCUAUUUUAGGACCUCAUAUAAAUGAAAACAAAAUGUGCACAUUUUUAAAAAAAAAUCAUUAUCAUAUUUUAUACUGAGAAUAAUAUUGUAUGCAGCUGAGUUCUGUUGGGCUCUUUUGUUGUUGCCUUAGAGUAUUCAAAGUAAGCGUUAAAAUCAGCUCGAUGUUUAAUACAGCAUCAUCUGAUGCGCAGUGAACAUAUUCGUGAAAGUAUAUUUGUGAAAUCAGAAGACAGAAUGAAUGAAGGAACACCAAGCUCUUCAACUGGGCCAGAGUAUAAAGUUUUCUAUAGCCUGCCUAAGGUUUUCAGUGAUUUAAAAAAGAAAGCAAGACAGAACCAUGUUUCCCUCCGCGCCUUUGCAUGAGAGAUUGUUAUAAAAUAAAACCAGUCAGAAUAUUCGUUCCGAUUUGUGAUUCAGUGAAAUGCACGUUGUUUCCAAGCUUCCCAGAGCUUCUCACUGAUUCAUUUGCGUGUUCACCGAUCGAGCAUGAAGACAGUUGUUGUAUGGGCUAUUUAUGUUGAGAGAGGCCAGGCGCACACGAGGCCUGCUGACGAAAAGCAGAAGCUCGACGGGGAACUUAAACAGACAUAAAGAGUGGACAUUAAUAUCAGCGUUUUGGUAAUUCAGCUAGACUCGAUUGCAGCUUUGCGAUGAAUGUGACCUAAUGUCUAGUCGAUGCUUUAAAAAUGAUACAAAGUGACUUUGUAUUCCCACUGUUCAAAUAGAAGUUAUCUCUAAAAUAAUUAUAGAACAAUAUACUAUUGCAAGUGAAAUAUUUUGGAGAUGUUGCAGGAUUAAAAAUCUAUUUGGACACCAGGUGCUUCUGUCCAACAGUGACUUUAAAAAAAGUGGUUUAAGAAAUGAUAGAUAGAUAGAUAGAUAGAUAGAUAGAUAGAUAGAUAGAUAGAUAGAUAGAUAGAUGCAAUUACAUUUUCGCAAAUGUACGACAGUUAAAGCGAGCUCCAGUAGAAAACUUUGUCGUUAGACACUUAACGUUUAUCCUGCAUAUAGUUUAGCCGUUGCCGAAGCUUUUAAUGGAGAUUAAUAGAAAUGUAAACAAAGCGUCGAAAAGACCUUGUCUGCGCCGAAAGCAAGGAUGACCACUUCUUCUGACUAGUGCACUACCGGUAGGACAUACCUGGUGUCAGGAUAAGUGGCCUAGACCCUUGAGUGUAAAUAGCGCUGGCGACAGAGCGGCGAUGCCUCAGGACGCCAGGGCGCGUUCACACACAACCUCUUCUCAUGAUUUGUAUCUAGGACCAGAUAUAACAGCCCUUCCAUCAGGCUUAGCCUGCGUGGAGUUUCCCUAAACAUACCCUAAUAGUUGGUUCCAGAUAACAUUUGACCAUACUAUUUCUAAAGAAUACUAACACUGGAAGACUUUUAUUACAUAUAAGGUUUGUCAUUAAUAAUGAAUAUACUUUUUACAAUACAUUUGAUUGUUUUGAUUAAAGAAGAAGCAUUAACGGAUGGACUUAAAAUAGUAACCGAGUAGUUUUAUUAAAAAUAAAAAUUACACGUGUAGAAUCUCAGUUAGCUUAUAUACCUGAGAGCCCGCACUUCAAGGCCUUGUUAUUUUAGUGAGUAAACAGGAGUAGCAGAUUGCAAUCCCCAACAUGGUGAUAAGACUUGACUCGAUAUAAGCAUGCACAGAUCAGUGUUUAUUUAGUAGUCGGUUCUGUUGUGACUGCAAACAGAAGACAACAUCUCCCUGAAGUUACAGUGUUUAAACCAAAAUUUGGGACACUUGCUGCUUUCACGUGUGAAUAAUCACACCAGAUAGAAUUAUAGGACUAUACAGUCAAGGGCGCAUGUUGUCACCUCACGGGUCCAGGGUCCGAGUGCGUUUCCUCCCGCCAUUGUGAUGCCCUACAAUGGAGUGGCGUUCCGGCCACUGCAUAUACUGAAAAAGAUAAGCCACCAUGAUCCUGCUCAGGAUAAAGCAGUUACUGCUUUACUGCUUUAUUACUGCAAAUAAACAAUGCCUAUGAACAGGAAAUUUUAAAAACAUGCAAGAGGCUGCACCAAAAGUCUCCACACACAGGAGAAAUAUAUAUAUAUUUUUUAAAUAAAAUGUCUUCCAAACAUUUGCAUACCUAGUUUAUAUAAUUUCUUCUUCUUUUCAGACAUUCUUUUAAAACGCACGGGGGCAUGUAUAGGCCAUCAGGAAAUGUUACAGCGCAAAGAUCAUUUAAAGGAACGCAUUCGAAUUGCAGUUAGAUUUAUAACGCAUGAGUUCAUGAGCGGAUAAAUUACGGUUUUUGUGUGUUUACAAAGAAAUGGCAAUAAUGUAUAAGAUUUUUUGUAAAUAAAAUUACAUUUUGCUAUAACUUCCUAUAUGUAUUGAUACUUUUAGAACACUGUGUAGAAUACGUGUGCAUAAUAAUAAUAAUAAUAAUACACGUUUUAGAAAUGCAUGGUAAAUUAAUCGAAAACUGCGCUAUUUUAAAAAAAACAAUACAA